AUGGAUAUUUAUCACCUUCGUUUGGAAAAUUACUAACCUAAACAAUCCUUCUAUUUAAUGAAUAAAAUACUCAAACUUUUAAUCGCUCUAUAAAUGCUUUUAGUUUUUUUUAGGAUUUUUGUAAGAAAUUAAGAACCAUUUUUUUUGUCUGAUUGUUUAAAUGCAUGUAUGAUGAUGCUCACUUAUUGUUAAAAAGUAUUAUACUAAAGUAAAAUAUUAGAAUUAUUGUCUUGCAUUGAUUACAAUGUUUUAUAUAUUCUCAUUGAUAUAUUUGAAUGCAAUCUUCUUUUUGUAGUUUGUUGAAUAUAAAUUGCCCUUUUUUAUUGAUUAUACCAAAAAUUUUACUUUGAUGCUGGUAUGAUUUCAUCUCAAUUUAGAUUUUCUCAACUUUGCUUUAUAUUUUUGAAUCAAUUAUGUUAUAUUAAGUUUACAAGGAAUUUAAGGGAAUUAUUUAUGAUAUCAAUCAAGAAUAUUUAGAGAAUGUUUAAUAAGAGUAAUAGCAACAUUUAGAAAUAGAAAUGUUAUCAUAAAUUUAAGAAUAAUCUGUUUAACAAAUUAAUAGUAACUAAUAAUAGUUAGCAGAAUAAGAAAUUGAAAAUUAAUCCAUAUAGGAACCCAAUAUUGCUGCUGGAUCAUUAUAAAGAAGAAUGAAUAAUUAAGGAUCAAGAACUUAACAAGAACUGUAAUAAUAAUAAUAAUAAUGA